AUGUGCUGCCUGACGCUAAUUUACAUCUUCGCUAUCCUUCCCAUAUCGAAUGCACUAGACGAUUGCCAUCCUUACAUCAGCGAAAUUUCUUCGCUAAAAUUCCGGAAUACUGCUAACCUGCAGUAUAUCGAACUAGCAGUCGAGGAAAAUUGCCGAAAAGAUGACAGCGUCAUGAAGAAGCUCAAACUCAGUUCCUAUGGUCUACUUGCAAUCAAUACGAAGUCUCCUUUGAUGGAUGCUCGAGAGAAUUUUUUCGCAACAACAUUCGUCGACUACAACAAUCAAAAAUGGCCAAAAAGCAGCGAAUACCAAGCUUUCUUUGUCAUUGGUAGCCAAGAAAGAGGCGAUGUAGAUGUUCCAAUUGGAAAUUUUCCACGGGCUCAAAAGAGGAUUCACUUUAACUUUUUCAGUAUGCGGGCGAGUUCCGCAAAAUGUUCUCGUUUUGUGAAUUGGCCUUUUUGCGAUCAUUCCUCCGAGCAUCUGGAAGGUCAAUCGUCACUUAAGCAAUACUUUGCUUCUUCUUCUCAAACAGAAAGUCCACGAAUUCAUGGCGAAGACUACUUACUUCAAGGGCAAACAGCUUUUAUGCUUCUCAAGCUAAGCGGAGAAGACGCCUCCUACUUUGUUGACAAAUUUAGUUACGUGCAGACCGUGAGCGGCAACACAGUUUAUAGUGAGGAUAGAUUACAUGUAACCAGAGAAAAGCAGCGAUGGCUGUCGGAGCGUAUUGUUGAUAUGGUAGUAUUUACACCAUCAAACGACCUUUCACGAGUCAUUCCAAUGGAGCGAAUGGACCUGAUCUGGUCGCGCUUACGUCGUCCAAUGAUCUUCUACAUUCUUCCACCGGAUAUUCUCACGGAUAGCAAUUCCAUUUCUUUUUGUCCUCAUUCACAGUGGGCUGUCUCCAGCAGAACUCCCGGCUAUGAUAAUGUUUGUGAAGGAGAGGGGUUUACUACAAACUUGCUGCAGUGGGAGAAGCUGUCUAAUCCACAAUCUCCUAUCCAGGUUCUAGAAGAGCAAGAUGAUGUGCUUUCUUUGAGGGGACUCGGUGAUCCUAUAGAACCGCUGUAUGCCUCUGCUUCGUCUGGAAGCUUUGGAGACACAUCAGUCACACCAAGACCUUAUAUCGGUUUUGGUGUUGCUGACGAGCGAUUCUCCGUCCUUGACGGAAGGGUUAAGCAGCUACUGGAAAUGGUUCAGCUGAUCGCAUCUAAACAAAAUCACUUCUUUAACGCUCACAAGGCCCUCGCUCAGCAAGCGCAACAAACCAGCAAUCUUCUGCAUCAUAUGAUGGACGAGAUGAGAGAAAGAAGCGAGUUACACAAUGCCGAGAUAGAACAAGCGGAAAAAGAACUGAAAAUUCAAUUUGGACUUUAUCUGGAUACCGAAGAGAAGUCAGUACUCUCUGGCAACCUCAAAAAACUCAAAAUAAAUGACGUGGAGCUGACGCAAAGUCAAAUUAGAACGUUACUGAACAAACCCUAUCUUAGGUACUAUAGGCACCCAGAUUUUCCUGACGCAGAUUUUAUGCGGUGCUCAUUAUGUAACAGAGAGUCUACAGAGUUUGAUCCACUUAAAGCUUUCGCUGAGUGUGCGCGAUCCGAUGCGGGAAGAGUUGAGAAGAAAGUUAAUCUCCUCGGAAAGGACAGUGUGUUUUGCAUGAAAAAACUGUCAAGCGUUUCUUCACGAGAGCGACCUCACUUGCCGUUUACUCGCCUUCUUGAGCGCUUGUCUAUUCAUGAGAGCUCCAAAGAGCAUACGCAGCACAUGGACGAGUUUUUUAACAGACAAACGGAGCGGAAGAAAACCACAACAGAUGAUAUUGCAGCGACAGUAACAUCGAGUCUCGCCGCCUAUACCAUAGCUAAACAAGGGCUACCGUUUUCCACGCAAUUCCCACUGCUUAUAACGGCAAUGAGAUCUGGUUCUAUCGGCGUCAGCGCACAUCAUGAUCCCACUACGGUGCGUCGAAUGGUAACGACUUUUGCGACGCAUAUGAAGUACGACAUCCUAAAAUAUGUUAUGACCAAGAAAUUGCCGUUUACACUUCUUCUAGAUGGUUCCUCAUCUUCUCGUGGAGUAAAGUGGAUAGUAUUCUUACUUCGAACUGUGUCACCGCAGCAUCGUCCUAUCACACUGCAUUUCUUCCUUGCUGAGGUUGAAAGCGAAUCUGCAGAACAUAUCGUUGAAGCUCUCUUCAGACAUUUCGACAGCAUGGAAUCUUGGCGGGAUGCCCCAGGUUUACCACACUCAGUGCGGCGAUACGCACUGAAGAACAUGAUAGCUUUAUCAACUGAUGGAGCAGCAGUUAUGCAAGGGCAUGUUGGUGGCGUCUACGCAUUGCUGAAGGAUCGCCUGACGGAAGAAACCGCUGGAGAUUUUCGUCCGCGUAGUAGUCUCCUUCUUUCAGUGUGCAUGGCGCAUAAGCUCAAUCUAGUUUUUGCCUCCCAAAACGGUGAACUAUUCAAGCUAGUUCAGGCAGUCAUUAUGGAAAUGCAUCAUCUCCUUGGUUCUACAGUGCGAACGACUGGACGAGCUGCUUACCAUAUGAUUGCAAAGAAAAUGCGCUAUAAGCCACUAGAGAUGUUGGCUUUAUUCACGGUACGAUGGUCUGCGAGCUUGGCAAAUGCAGUAUCCAAUGUCAUUAGAAUGUAUCCGGUUCUUAUUGAAACUAUGAGGGAGUUACAACGAGAUAGAUACGGCGCAGCAACAAUGAGAAGAGCUAGAAUUGCACAUUGGGUGCUCACGGAUGGGAGAGUGUUCCUGGCUUUAAACCAUGCAAAUACUACACUUCAAGAGCUCUCAUUAUUUUCGCUGAGGCUACAAAACGAAGAAGCUCUUCUGAUAGAUAAUAUCCGAAAAUGGAAAGAGCUGGGGAGAAGAGUGGAGCAACAACAACUUAUUACUAUCCUACAAUCCCAAGCUUUUCAAGAUUAUAAUCCUUCUGUGGUUGCUGAAGAGGACAGCGACGAGCGAGAGGAGAUGCUGACAUUCAAACGAUUCAGAUACCUUGAAGGAACUCCUGACGAAGUGUACACUGCAGCUGGAGAUCCAGAGCAAAGCUUUUCUGCUGAGGACGCCCCCGAGAUUGACAAAAGCGCAUUGUUGCGCUUUAACCUGCGAAAGGCUUACCAUGAUUUUGUGUCAACUUCUUUUCAAGAUGCCGCGGAGAGGUUUUACAAUGAUGUCAAAGAUCAACUGCUUGCGCGAAUGGGCGAAACAAGAGCGCAUGAGCUCCACGCUAACGACUUAAUGGCGCUGGAAAAAUCUACAAUCAUGGACGUAGUGGAUUUCGAUGGAGACUUUGACACGGGAUUCGUUGACUACGUGCCAUCAGGAGCUAAUUACUUUAACAGAGGCUGCCCGAGCUACAUUGACCCGGUCUCAAAUGCGCUCGAUCCACAAGAGCGCCAUCGUUCUAUUUACGCCUCAAUUUCCGCUCUCGAAAGAUACUGCAACAUCCAAAAUCUAAGAUCCCCUAUGAUACGAUUCUUCAACACCAUACCAAAAACGGCUAAAACAUGCUUGCAAUGGAACAGCGGUUACAAAGAUAUGCAACAAAGCGCAUCUUUCUAUCAGAUGCUUCUCGCUAAUUACGAUUCGUUACAGAUACCGGGCGAAGUCGUACAGGCAAUUAAAUGUGUGUUAGUCGUUCCUGCAAGUAAUGCAGAUCCAGAACGUAGCUUUUCGGCUGCGAAUAGACUCACAAAAGAUGAAAGAAGCAAUUUGGCAACAAGCACCCUCGAUUCAUUGAUGACAAUACAAAGGGAUGGUCCCAGCAUUUUGACUGUCAAAAUUCAACAGCUAGCCGCGCAAUGGCUGCAUCCUCGUCCAGGCCUAAAUCUACAUCCAGGACGACCUUCUACGUUUGGAAGAGAAGGCAGUCUCAUGAAAGAGAUAAAAACAGCUCUUGCAAGUGGGGAUGUCAGCGGUUUGAUUGCUAAACAUACUGAACACUACAUGACUAUGCACGGGCUGAGAACUCGCCAUGACGUCAAGGAAAUCAGCACUCGACUUCAGAACGAAGAGGAGGCCAAACUAGCAAUUUUUUCUAUCGGCUCAGUUGCCGAAACAAGUCCAUCGUAA